GCUGAACACUUUUGCUCUUUUGCAUAGUGCCCAAGAAAAGAAAUAUGGAACUGCAGUAUAUUACCAUUGUGGUAUUUUUUCUUGGCAAAUGCCAUGGCUUCCACUGUUUGCAAGAGAGAAACAUACUGCUGCAGUAUCUUGCCCUUCUGGUCUUUUUCAUUGACAAGUGUCACGGACAUACCCAGUUCAUUUAUACCAUGAAGGAUGAAGUACAGUUAGUCUGUGACACCAACAAAUGGAAAAUAAGCACAAAGUCUGAUAACUUUAUCAGAACUGGAUGCUUGGUAAAGUGUUCCGAUGGUAAACUCCUCACACUUAACGAUUUCAGCAACUCAACAGAUUUUUGCACAGAAGAAGAAUCAGAUCCUAAAUGCUCACUGAAAGUUAGGAGUGGAUUUUUUGCAUGUGUUAAGGCUCUGGAUAAGAACUUCCUUUUUCCAUUCAAAUCAUCUCACAACAUUAUUGAUUCAUUUAUAGUUGCCAUUCCAAAUCCAAACAUGACAUCCAUGCCUGAAAUAACAAACCUAGUCAAGGUAAAAGAAGGUGAAUCUGUACCGCUACACUGCAGUUUCACGUUUACACAAAAUUACGAACGCAAGAAUUUUGUGGUGUACUGGAUCAAGACUUCUGGAAAGAACAGCACCUGUGUAUACUCAUAUGACUUUGAGUGGAACAGUAUAAAACACGGUCACCACUGUGACGUGCAUGGACACCUAGACAGGCUCUCAAACCAAACCAUAGAACCGUACACGCACAACAUCACGAUCAGGGCAGCGAUGGAGUCAGACAGUGGGCAGUACCUCUGUGCAAUACAUGUGAACACAAACAAUAAUGGAGGAAACUGGAAGGUGAUAAGUAAUAUUACAGUUAGUCUACAUAAGGCCAAAACUCCUGAUCUGGAAACAAAUAAGUGGGCAUCUGGAUCUGAAAACAGUACAGCUGGAAACAAAUCUGUUGAUGACCCUCUCAUCCCCUUGUACAUUACACUGCCCAUAUUAUUAUGUCUUCUGGUAGCUUCUGUGGUGGCAUUCAUGAAGAGAACAGCCAUUACUUCACCAGAAUCUGAGGCAGUUCAGCUACGUACUCAAAAUAGAGAGGAAGAGGCUGAUAUGGACUGUUCUCCAUAUGAUGUGGGAUUUGGUGAAGAGGAAACUGAUUUUAAAUCUAAGUGGAAUUCUUCCCACAAGGCUAAUAAUGGUUAUGAAGAGUCCACCACAUUUUUGGAUCCUUAUUCAGUUGUCAAAAUCCAGAAAUGAAGCCAGGGAGCAAGAUUACCAAACAUCCCAUUUAUGGAACCUGGGAUAAUCUGUAUCUAUGAAGGGACACCUCGUGACUUACACAUGAUUUACAUAUCAAAAUAGUUUACCUUCUAUUAUUUGGAAGAGGAAUUCUAAAGUAUAGAAAAGAUCAAGUGUCUGAAAUAACUGUACUAUGCCAUAAUUAAUAUUUUUUUCACAUUUGAAUUGUCAUUCUACAAUAGCCUCUGACUGUAGACAUGCACUAGCAGGCCUGAUGGACUCCCAGGCCAGCAAUGCGGUGACGAUAGUGACAUCUGUAACAUAUUCUUUACAGAUUUUCAACAUGGUGGUGUAAGGUGGUCUCAAACCCAGGUCAGCUGGGUGAUGAUACCAACAGCCUACUGGGUGAGCAACCACGCUCUAACAACGGUGUGCCCCUGUGCCGAACAUUUAGAGCUUGGGACAGGUAAAACAAAGGGAAAAACUAAAUACCACACCGAGUGUGGAAAAAAGGGAGAACAAAGGACACCAAGGGAAGCA